AUGGCUUCUCGUGAGGUACUAGACUUUUUUAGCCGAUGGAAGCUUAAUACUGAAUCUCUGAAGAAGUUGAGGACAACUUUACUGUAUAUCAAUGCAGUGCUCAAUGACGCUGAAGAGAAGGUAAAAAACCCAGCUGUCAAAGAGUGGGUUAACGAGUUAAAAGAUACUGCUUAUCAUGCUCAGGACUUACUGGAUGAGAUUACUACUGUUGCCCCGCGCUACAAGCUGGAAGCUGAACUGGAAAUGUGCAGAAGUAAGGUACGAAGCUUAAACUUAACUUCUCUUAGUUUUUCUUACCAGGGGAUUGAACCAAAGUUAGAAAAGAUUCUAGGCAGACUAGAAUUUCUUGCAAAGGAAAGAGACAUCCUUGGUCUGAAAGAAGGUGGUGGUGAGAAACCUUCACGAAAGUGGCCGACAACGUCUUUGGUAGAAGAAUCCAGUGUAUACGGUAGGGAUGAUGAUAAGGACGCCAUAAUCAAGUUGUUGCUGUCAAAUGAUCGCAGUGGUGAUAGCACAAGUGUGAUUCCCAUAGUGGGCAUGGGUGGUGUAGGCAAGACCACCCUUGCUCAGCUUGUAUACAACAAGAAGUUGGUGACGGAUAUUUUUGAAGUCAGAGCUUGGGUUUGUGUUUCACAAGAAUAUGAUGUACUAAGGAUAACGAAAAGUAUUCUUGAGGCAGUCUCCUCAACUGGUGAUAGUGACAAUCUAGAUCUACUCCAAGUUAGGUUGAACGAGUCUUAUGGGAAGGAAAUUUCUGAUUGUGUUGGAUGA